GAAGGAAAGCCACAGGAGCAAGAGCCAAGGCAUCGAAUAAAGACAAGCGUAUAGGUGUUCUGUGGACAAGCCAGUCCAUGGCCAGUCCGUAAAGUUGCGACAGUACACUUACAGAAGUCCUCCGUUUUGUGACUGUCAAAACAGUGUGGAGUAAAACGAGGAAAAAGAGGAUAAAGCUGCACAAUGGGCGCUUCACCAACGCCAGUCACAUUGCUUACACUUUUCUGGCUUGGUGUGGGUGGCGUGAUUCCGUGGUUUGUGCCGAAGGGGAACAACCGCGGGUUAAUCCAGACAAUGAUUGUCACUACUGCUGCCCUCUGUUAUACAUUCUGGCUGUGUGCAUACAUGGCUCAGAUGAAUCCUCUCAUGGGGCCUCUUUUGAACAACAAGACUGUCAUCAUCAUGCGACAUGAAUGGAUGUAGAAAGCUAUAGAUGGGGAGCCAAAUACCUGCUGACCUGAAAACGUCUCCUGCUUCAAUCUCUGCUAGGAAUGAAGCAGCACCGUCAUGAAUUAUUCCAAUGUUUAGGAUCAAUACUCAAAGGGUGUAGUGCAUCGUACGUACCACAGCUGUGCACUUUCCUUCUGUACCAACUUCUUUAUUCCCAGACAACUUCCUCAGCUGCUUUACAGGUGGUGUCGUAAGUUAGUGUACAUCUGUGUAGUACAGUGCAAAGAAUUUCAUGUUUCUGCAUUUUUACAUAUAUACUUUAAAUUCCUUAAUGAUGCCUUGUGUGUAAUUGUCUGCCACUCUUAUCAUCCACUGUUCUUGGCCGGCUGAUCGCAUGGAUAACGCGGGCAGCUCGUCGCUCUGAUCCCUGUCUAAGCGUAAAAAGGAAGAGCAGUGGAAAAGGCAUCGCUACAAUAUCGCAGCCCAUAUGUUGGCUUCUGCUGUAAUUGUUUAAUGUCUCUCAUCUUGUUGCCUGGGAACCUAAUAACAUAGCACAACAGACAUGCACUUAUCAAAGGUGUGCAGGACAGUUGGUUAUGUGAUGCCUUUCCAUUUUUAAUGUGGAAAAUAGAAUUCUGCUAUUUCUAAGAUGUUUUCCUUCUGUGCACGUGACAUGCUGCUAUGGUAACCCCUGUUAAUCUUAACUGCUAUAAAGAAACCCAGGUGGCUAGAACAAAUAGGAACCCUUGACUGAGGCAUAUCUCAUAGGCCAGGUGUACCUUUGGGGGCGUCAAACAUCAGCCAUACAACUGCUUAAACACUUUGCUUAGAUAGCCAUAAAGUUCUUGUGGUAUGGACCUUUCAUGUGCAUGCUUUCAUAAGUCUUCAAAGCCUGCUCUUAGCUUAUUACACCAUUCUGGUUGUACAGAUUGAAGCUGUUAACAUAUGUAUAGUUCCCAGUAAAUAAAUUUUUCAACUGGGAAAGUGUUUUAUACUUUCUUGCUGGAUAAGUAUUGCUACUGUCUGGGUCUUACUGCUUGUAUCACACAUUGGUGCCUGCAUUUCACACUCUGCCAGUUUAGCCUGGGCCACAGUUUGUGUUCAGAAUGUUGCAACAAAAUGAGAUUCAUUAACAUAGUUAACAUGUUUCUAAUGUAGGCUUUAAGUACAUGUAACCCUGCAUGUUUGCUGUGGAAAAUGUGUUGAUGGUCAUUCAUUAUACUCAAUUUUUUAAAAUUCCUUUGUACCUUAUAUUUUUUUUGUUUAUGAGCAGCCUACUGCCAUGCCUCCACGACCCCAAGUCGCUUUUGUUUUGUCACAUGAUCUCAUGUAUGGCCAGCACUUCCUGAACGAUUAAUCUCGCUGAUUCUAGUCAUAGCCAUAUAUUUAUUAUUUCAUGUCAUUGAAAUUGUAUAUAACAAAAUGACUAGUCGCCUAAUAAAGUGGUCUUCACCCUGCAAUAA